AGGGAACCGGGAUAAAUGCUGUCUGAGGGAUUCCAUUGGUUCUGGAGGAGCGUCCUCCAGAUCUUGAUGCGCUAUCAGUUCUUUCGCUGGCUGCUGGGAUUCAUAGAGCCUGAUAAGAAUGCACCGUUACAAAUCGAAUCCGAGGAAGAGCAACUACCGGGAAAGAAGAAGCAGCAUCAGCAUCAGCCGCCGCCAGAGCAGCAUCGUCCGGCGGAGAAAUCGGAAUCAGUCGUGAUUAGAACCGGUGCAAGUGCAAUGGGAAAUGCAGGGAGUGCCGAGAUCGUAUCAAAUCAAAUCAUCCGUCGCCGUGAGAUCAGCACCAUGGGCAAGGAGACGGAUUCGCACAGCAUCCCCAUCAACGAGGGUCAGAAUGCGGAGCACGUCCUGUACCGCCUGAAGAGGGGCUCCAAGCUCAGUGUCCAUCCCGAUGCCGCCCUCCUCGGCCGGAAGAUACUCCUGUACACCAACUACCCCGCCGAGGGCCAAAAGUUCGUACGGACGGAGUACCGGCUCCUCAACUGGAACCUCAGCAGCGGCAAGCAAAUCUCAUCCGUGAUGCAUCCAGAGGCGCAUGUCGUGGACACGGAUAUAUACAGCCUGGUGGAGUUGAACCUCUCGGGCACCUUCCAUUUCUACUUCCGGUAUCUGGAGAGACCAGACACUGGGGCUGCUGGAGCGGACGGUGCUCUCUAUGUUCAGGUGGAGCCCACACUGCAUGUGGGGCCGCCAGGAGCCCAGAAGACGAUACCCCUGGACUCGGUGCGCUGUCAAACAGUAUUGACCAAGCUCCUGGGACCCCUCAACACCUGGGAGCCCAAGCUGCGCGUGGCCAAGGAGGCCGGAUACAAUGUGAUUCAUUUCACACCCGUUCAGGAGCUGGGCGGCUCUCGCUCCUGCUACUCCCUGCGCGACCAGCUCAAGGUCAACUCCCACUUUGCCAACCAGAAGGGAGGAAAGGUCACCUUUGAAGAGCUCGAAAAGGUUAUCAAGAAGUGCCGUCAGGAAUGGGGGGUGGCCUCCAUCUGCGACAUCGUGCUCAACCACACGGCCAACGAGUCCGAGUGGCUGCUCCAGCAUCCCGACGCCACGUACUCUUGCGCCACGUGUCCCUAUCUGCGGCCCGCUUUCCUGCUGGAUGCCGCUUUCGCCGCCUGCGGAGCCGACAUCGCCGAGGGUAGUCUGGAGCACGUGGGCGUACCGCAGGUCAUCGACCAGGAGUGCCAUUUGGAAGCCUUAAAGUACCAGCUGCACACCUCCUACUUGUCCAAGGUCAAUAUUCACGAGCUGUACCAGUGCGAUGUGAUGAAGUACGUGAACGACUUCAUGACCCAGGUGCGCACUCGGGAGCCACCCAAGAACGUGGCCAACGAGUCGCGCUUCCAGGAGAUACAACUGGUACAGGACCCGGAAUAUCGACGCCUGGCCAGCACCAUUAAUUUCGAGCUGGCACUGGAGAUCUUUAAUGCUUUCCAUGGCGACUGUUUCGAUGAGGAGUCGCGGUUCCGCAAGUGCGCCGAAACCCUGCGGCGGCAUCUGGACUCCCUGAACGAUCGCAUUCGCGCCGAAGUCCAGGGAUACCUGAACUACGCCGUGGACAACGUGUUGGCCGGAGUGCGCUACGAACGCGUCCAGGGCGAUGGUCCCAAGGUGAAGGAGAUCUCUGAGAAGCACUCCGUCUUCAUGGUCUAUUUCACGCACACGGGCACCGAAGGCAAGAGCCUGACCGAGAUCGAGGCGGACAUGUACACCCAGGCGGGACGAUUCUUCAUGGCCCACAACGGUUGGGUGAUGGGCUCCAGCGAUCCACUCCGGGACUUUGCCGAGGAGCAGCCGGGACGUGCCAAUGUCUACCUCAAGCGCGAGCUCAUCUCGUGGGGCGAUAGCGUCAAACUGCGCUUCGGUCGCAAGCCGGAGGACAGCCCGUACCUGUGGAAACACAUGACCGAGUAUGUGGAGACCACGGCCCGCAUCUUCGAUGGUGUUCGCCUGGACAACUGCCACUCUACGCCGCUGCACGUGGCCGAGUUUCUGCUGGACGCCGCCCGGAAGAUUAAUCCGGAGCUGUAUGUGGUAGCUGAGCUGUUCACCAACUCCGAUGCCACGGACAAUGUGUUUGUGAACCGAUUGGGAAUCACUUCCCUGAUCCGCGAGGCCCUCUCCGCCUGGGACUCGCACGAGCAGGGCCGUCUGGUUUACCGGUACGGCGGCGUGCCAGUGGGCGGCUUCUACGCCAACUCCGCCCGCCACGAAGCCUCCAGCGUGGCGCAUGCCUUGUUCUUGGACCUCACCCACGACAACCCGUCUCCGGUGGAGAAGCGUUCCGUGUACGACCUGCUGCCCUCAGCGGGGUUGGUCUCCAUGGCUUGUUGUGCCACUGGCAGCAACCGUGGUUACGAUGAACUGGUGCCCCAUCACAUACACGUGGUGGAUGAGGAGCGCCUCUACCAAGAAUGGGGAAAGGGAGUGGACUCCAAGUCUGGCAUCAUGGGCGCCAAGCGAGCUCUGAACAUUUUGCACGGCCAACUGGCGGAGGAAGGGUUCAGCCAGGUGUACGUCGACCAGAUGGAUCCCAAUGUCGUGGCCGUCACCCGCCACUCACCGACCACCCACCAGUCGGUAAUCCUGGUGGCCCACACCGCCUUCGGUUACCCGAAUCCAAAUGCUGGAGCCACCGGCGUCCGUCCGCUGCGCUUUGAAGGCGUCCUGGACGAGAUCAUACUCGAGGCCAGCCUGACCAUGCAAGGGGACAAGCCAUUCGAUCGCCCAGCUCCUUUCAAGAAAGACCCGAACGUGAUCAACGGCUUCACGCAGUUCCAGCUGAGUCUUCAGGAGCACAUCCCGUUGGCCAAGUCCACUGUGUUCCAGACCCAGGCCUAUGCGGACGGGAACAACACGGUGCUGAACUUCGCCAACCUCAGACCCGGCACUGUGGUGGCCAUUAGGGUGUCAGUCCACCCGGGACCGCGUGCCAACUUCGACAAGCUCCAGAGUAUCUCGAACUCCUUGCGCCGGGGAACCGGCGAGGAAUGGGCCCAGCUGCAGGACAUCGUGUCCAAGCUGGACUUUGUGGCGCUGAGCGGUGCUCUCUUCAACUGCGACCAGGAGGAACGGGACAUGGGCAACGGGGGAUCAGCCUAUGAUAUUCCCAACUUCGGAAGGAUCGUGUACUGCGGCCUGCAGGGAUUCGUGUCCCUGCUGACGGAGAUUUCGCCCAAGAACGACCUGGGUCAUCCCCUCUGCAACAAUCUCCGCGACGGAAACUGGAUGAUGGAUUACAUCGCCGACCGCCUAACCAGUUUCGAGGACCUGAAGCCCCUCUCUGCCUGGCUCAAGGCCACCUUUGAGCCCCUGAAGAAUAUUCCUCGCUACCUCGUACCCUGCUACUUCGAUGCCAUUGUCAGUGGGGUCUACAACGUGCUCAUCAACCAAGUCAACGAACUUAUGCCAGAUUUCAUAAAGAAUGGCCAUAGCUUUACCCAGUCCCUGGCUCUCUCCACGCUGCAGUUCCUCUCCGUUUGCAAGUCGGCCAACCUGCCAGGAUUCAGCCAUGCCAUAAGCCCACCGAAACCCCCCAAGCAGUGUGUCACUCUUUCCGCUGGACUGCCGCAUUUCUCCACUGGUUACAUGCGCUGCUGGGGCCGUGAUACCUUCAUCGCCCUGCGCGGUUCCAUGUUCCUCACCGGUCGCUACAACGAAGCCCGCUACAUAAUCAUUGGGUUUGGACAGACCCUGCGUCAUGGCCUGAUUCCCAAUCUCCUGGAUGGUGGCAACCGUUCGAGAUUCAACUGCCGCGACGCCGUCUGGUGGUGGAUGUACUCCAUCAAACAGUAUGUCGAGGAUGCCCCGAAGGGAAUCGAGAUCCUGAAGGACAAGGUGUCGCGCAUCUUCCCCUACGACGAUGCGGAGGCCCAUGCUCCGGGAGCCUUCGACCAGCUGCUGUACGACGUCAUGCAGGAAGCCCUGCAGGUCCAUUUCCAGGGAUUGCAGUACAGGGAGCGCAAUGCUGGUCGCGAAAUUGACGAGCACAUGGUGGACCAGGGAUUCAACAACCACAUCGGAGUCCACCCGGAAACCGGCUUCGUUUACGGCGGCAACAACUUCAACUGCGGCACCUGGAUGGAUAAGAUGGGCUCUUCCCAGAAGGCGGGCAACAAGGGGCGACCCAGUACUCCCCGUGACGGAUCCGCCGUGGAGCUGAUUGGCCUGCAAUACGCCUCGUUGCGCUUCAUGCAAAGCCUCGCCGAGAAGGACCUCAUACCCUACUCCGGAGUGGAGCGCAAGGGCCCGUCUGGUGAGAAGACCAAGUGGACCUACAAGGAGUGGGCGGACCGCAUCAAGGACAACUUUGAAAAGUUCUUCUUUGUGUCCGAGUCGGAAACCGGUUCCCUGGCCAACAAGAAGCUCAUAUACAAGGACAGCUACGGAGCCACCCAGAGCUGGACGGACUUCCAGCUGCGCUGCAACUUCCCCAUCACCCUGACCGUGGCCCCGGAAUUGUGCAAUCCCCAGAACGCGUGGCGAGCGCUGGAGCAGGCUAGGAAGUAUAUUCAGGGACCCCUGGGCAUGAAGACUCUGGAUCCCGAGGACUGGAACUACAGGGCCAACUACGACAACUCGAACGAUUCCACCGACUGCACGGUGGCCCACGGUGCCAACUACCACCAGGGACCGGAGUGGGUGUGGCCCAUCGGAUUCUACCUGCGGGCGCGCCUGAUCUUCGCCAAGAAGUGCGGCCACCUGGACGAAACCAUUGCCGAGACCUGGUCCAUUCUGCGCAACCACCUGCGGGAGCUACAGACGUCCCACUGGCGGGGACUGCCGGAGCUGACCAACGACAACGGUGCCUACUGCGGAGACUCGUGCCGCACGCAGGCCUGGAGUGUGGCGGCCAUUCUGGAGGUGCUCUACGACCUGCACUCCCUGGGGGCGGAUGUGGCAUAGACCCAGGAACAUACUCAGACGUGUUAGUUGCUACCAAGCUCGGAAACCUGUUAUUAGUGUUACAUUUGAUGGAGUGGAAUGAGAUGUGCUCCUUGAACCUGUCCUUUUUCCAAUUCUAUUAAAGUUGCAAUUGUUUUUAAUCUA